CUCGCGAUGUCUCGCUCUAUAACCAUCGCAUAUCACUUGCACCCUCCCGAAGGUGUAGCUGGGGAGGGUCUGUCUUCCACGAAGACGCAGGAGUUCCCUGUGUCAGGCGGAGAUCAGAAGGAAUACUACGAGUCGUUGCGAAGCGCGAUCAAUGAAGCGAAAUCCAAACUGGGAGAGGAAUUGACGGCAUGGAGAGAUGCAGUCGGGAACAAAGAGCAAGGAAAGGAAAAGACAGUACCGAUGAAGAGCGAAGACGACGAGGACGAAUCAGACGAGGAA